AUGCCGCGUCCCGCAAGGCGCCUGUGGGUGGGUCGGCCCCGUGCCCGACCCUGCCCGGCCCGCCGCGGUCUCGCCUCCGCCAGGCUCCCUCUGGACUGGCUGUGGCGCCUCUGCAAGGGUCUCUGGAAGAGUUCCUCCCUCUGGUUGUGCUGGGGCAGCACCGUCCUUUGGCUCUGCCUGAUGCGGGCUCUGGCCCGGCCCCGGCCCCGAACAAAGCCCCUCCCGCGGCUCCGCCCGCAGCCGCCCCGCGGCCGCCCGGCUCCCGCCCCGUCCCCGGGAGCUCCCCCAGGAGCUUCCCCGGUCCGAGCUCCUCCGCUCGUCAGUUCGGCCGCCGGCCCCGAGCCGCCGGUGCCCGGGGCGUUCGUGUGCCCCGGGCAGAAUGGCGAGAGUGUGGUGCCGCCCGCACGGGCGGAGAAGCCUCCCCUGGAGCAGCUCUACCGGGAGGGCCCGCUGCUGGGCAGCGGCGGCUGCGGCAACGUUUACUCCGGGACCCGGCUCGCCGACGGCGCCCCGGUGGCCAUCAAGCGAGUAUCCCGGGACCGCAUCUCGGAGUGGGCGCGGCUGCACAAGGGCGCCCUUGUGCCCCUGGAGCUGGCGCUGCUGUGGAUGGUGUCGUGCCCUGGCUUCCGCGGCGUCGUGCGGCUCCUGGACUGGUUCGAGGUGCCCGAGGGCUUCGCGCUGGUCAUGGAGCGUCCGGAGCGCUGUCAGGACCUCUGGUACUUCCUGGACGAGCGGGGGUUCCUGACGGAGCCCGUGGCGCGGGGGCUGUUCCGCCAGGUGCUGGAGGCCGUGCGGCACUGCAGCAGCCGCGGCGUUCUGCACCGCGACAUCAAGGCCGAGAACGUCCUCGUCGACCUGGCCACCGGCGAGGCGAAGCUCAUCGACUUCGGGUGCGGCACGAUCCUCCAGGACACAUUCUACACCCGGAUGUCAGGAACGCCGGAGUACAGCCCACCGGAGUGGAUCCUCUUUGGCUGCUACCAUGGCCAACCAGCCACCAUCUGGUCCUUGGGCAUCCUGCUGUAUGAACUGGUCUGCGGGCACCUUCCUUUCCAGACCAGUGAGGACAUCAUCCGGGGCCAGCUCACCUUCCCGCCCCGGGUGUCUCAAGAGUGCCAGCACCUAAUCAGGUGGUGUUUAUCCAUGGAUCCUACAGACAGGCCAUCCUUGGAAGACCUUUUUGAGCAUUCUUGGCUGCAGGACCCCCAUGUGGCCCAGGAGACAGCAGAGAUCCAUCCCUCUGCACAGUAGGAUCCAGCAAGUACCAGCUGCAUGUGUCUCGUGGCACUGGAUGAAAACCCAAGAGCGUUUCCCUGUGGCUGUGACACAGAGGAGAGAGCACAGCCAAGGAGAUGCUUCCACUGGUCCUUGGCAAGGUGUGGAGGGAGCUCAGUGCUCCCUGUCCUGUUGGAGAAUUGGUGGCAAUGCGGUGAAGUUGCCACAGACUGGAAAAGGGGAAACAUCCCCCUGCAGCUCAAUGGCAUCAUGAUGUCCCCACAAGCCGAGGCACAGCUGGCGUGUUCUUCUGGAGCAUGACGUGGAGCUGGGAACACCCUCCUGGAGCUGGCUGCUGGCGGGGCAGAGCCGAUGGGAUUUGGCUGCGGCCCCUGCCUGGAGGACACGCUCUGCACCCCGAUGAAAUCAAGAUGAGUCCCCAGCCGGUGCAGGGGUGGGGGAUGCUGGUGCUUCCAGGCAUGGCAGGGCUCAGCUGGACCAUGUGCUGGAGGUUCCCUGCUCAGUGGUGGUGGGGAAUAUUAAUUUUUCCGCUGGUCCCCAAGCUGCUUUUUGGCAGGACAGGGGAUUGGAUGUUGUGGAAGGGGAACUGGCUCCUGGCCUUGCUGACAGCUUCUGCCAGCCAGCCUGGGGCAGGGGCAGCCAGCCUGAUAAAAGCAUCCAUCCAUGUGGAUGGGGGGCAGCAGAAGGGGACGGGUUCAGAAGCCAUGCCCCAGCUGGUCUGCUUUGCAGGCCCUUGAGGAAGGGGUGGGUUUAUGGGAGGGAAAGGUGGGGUUUUUCUCCACCCAUGAAGAGGUUUAAUUCUCACAUGGAGUGGUCAGACCCUCCCUAGGCCUGUGAUAACCUUUGACAGAUUUUCUUGUUUCCAGGUCUUGUUUUGAAUUGAUUUUCAUGCAAUUGUUCUUGUUUUCUUUUCCAGGAAGAUUGCACCUGGUGCCCAGACCAGACGGGGAAGCACCUGAACUGUCCGUGGAGCACAUCCAGUGCCUGCGCUACCCCUGUGGGGGGCAUCCCCUUCAAGAAGGACAAGGAUCUCGUUUGGGAUCAGCUCCUCUCCUGGCAGCAGGGUGCCAGCACCUCAUGCCAUGGAUACAGCACUGCUUGGCCUGCUGGUCUGGGAGGGCUGGAGGGCGGCGGA